AUGGCAAAACAUCCAUGUGUGAUCAUCCACUCAAUCACUGUGGUGCAAGAACCGCUUCCUGACCUCCAAAGAGGGAAUCAUCAUACCGUCUCAAGCGCUAUCCAUCCAGUACAAUUUGUCGGAACCCUUCAACCAUGGACGACUUUCGCAGCCGACGCCCUAGCGGCUUUCCAAAAUCACGACUGGGGCCGCCACAAAGCGCAGCUAGAGCUGCGCCCUACGACCAACCCUUCGGUACCCAGCCUUCUUCGGGAGCAUGUGCUGGUCGGACAGGAAGGGGGGGUCCAAGGUCGCUGGAUGGAACACGUUGGCCAGGAUAUGACAGCCAUCCUCAAGGAUCAAUUGAUCCCCCUGAGGUUUGGGGAUUUUAAAGCUUCGGCCACAGCAUACGCCAAGCAGCCCGACGUCGCCUGCAUGGGGUUAAACGGGCCGGCAGAGCUCAUAGGAGAGCUCAAAGUGCCGUGGGUGGACGCACACUCCCUGACGGAUGCCGUUACAAGUACAACGGACGACAAGCUCCGCCAGGUUCUGGGACAAAUAGCAGAAUACAUGCUGGAUCUGGGGCUCGCGUAUGCGUUUAUGUCGACGUAUGAGGACACAAUCUUUCUCCGUCAGGUGCAAGCAGCGGGAACCUGGUCGCUCCAAUACAGCGAGCCCAUUCCGCACACGAACCGUGGCCCGCAGGCUGUGAGCGUCCGCAUGGGUAUGUGGCUUCUAGUAGAUGAGGUCCAACAGGGAAGAUCCCGAGCCAACAACCUCUUGAGGAAGACCCAGUGGGUGAAAGAGACUCGUAAGGGAACCUUCUAA